GCCCCAUCAUUGGUGUCAGUGGGAGGAAUAGUGUCCCAUCUUGGUGUCAGUGGGAGGAAUAGUGCCCCAUCAUUGGUGUCAGUGGGAGGAAUAGUGCCCCAUCAUUGGUGUCAUGGGAGGAAUAGUGUCCCAUCAUUGGUGUCAGUGGGAGGAAUAGUGUCCCAUCAUUGGUGUCAGUGGGAGGAAUAGUGUCCCAUCAUUGGUGUCAGUGGGGGGAAUAGUGCCCCAUCAUUGGUAUCAGUGGGGGGAAUAGUGCCCCAUCAUUGGUAUCAGUGGGAGGAAUAGUGCCCCAUCAUUGGUAUGAGUGGGAGGAAUAGUACCCCAUCAUUGGUAUCAGUGGGAGGAAUAGUGCCCCAUCAUUGGUGUCAGUGGGAGGAAUAG